UCCGAGCUAGUGAGCAACUAGCACAUUGAAAAGAACACAUCUCGUGUAUAUUUUUGCUGCGGGGACGGCACAAUUUGCUUGAGAUGACAACAUUGAAUCUCGGGAGAGAAAAAGAGAUGUAGAGAUGUAGAGCGAGCGAUAUCAAGAUUUUGACAGAUUUCACAUUCCAUUUUCUUUUCCGUUCAUUCGUUUGACAACGAAUUUGACUUGAGCGUGAACCUCAAAAAUCGUGACAUUUUAUCAACGAAAUAUAAAUAAUUUUAUUUAAUUACAAGCCGCCGAUAUAUCUUCGCGAUGAAAUAUAUAUCAGUUAGUUUAAUAUUGUCUUUAAUUUUUGGUGUUUAUGUUAUCAAUACUAUAUGGACAUUGGCUGAAAUAUUUAUACCGCCAGAAUGUAGUCGUGGCGAGAGAUGUUUUUCAUCUUAUUUAUCUUCAAACCCCGUGCAGCAUUUAGUUCUCUACACUUCUGUUAAAGAACAUCCAUACCUUGAUGGUUCCACAGAAGAAAGUGUGUCUAAAGUUCAUACUUCUAUGAAGUUUGAUUAUAGAAAUCCGGCGACAAUUGAGAUUAAAUUGAAAGUACCGCGUAAAACUCGCAAUAACGGUACAUUAUUCAUGCAUGCAGUUAUGUUGGAUGAUGGCCGCUUAUACAAGGAGUAUGACGAGAUUGUUCGCACAGAGUCCAUUCAUACUCUCCCUCUCAUUACACACACUGAACCUCAAGCAGAAACAUUUAACCUUCUUCAGCAAAAGGCUGAAGGGAAAGCCGUUGUGAAGGAUAAGGUGGUUCGCCCCUACUCUCAUAUAACUACAAUAGCACCACUGUCUAUCCUCACAGAUGACUUGAGACUGCCUAGUAAUAAGAUACCCGGUGAACUGUAUCCUUUUAUAAGAGUAAGAAGUGGUAAAUUCUUGCCCAUACUGCAGCACAACGUAUUGAAGUCCAGAUUAUCACAUUUCCAAUUGCUGAACAAGAGUUCUACCGAGGUGAACAUAACUGUGACCGUAUCACCUACUUCAUAUGGUUCUUUACGGUUGGCCCUGCAUGUCCGACUGGCUUUAGAACAGUUGUUCACGUUAGGCUUCAGUGAAAAAGACGUUGAUGAUGUCAAGGGAAUAUUUGCGGACACCAAUUUGUAUUUAUUGUCCGCUACGGUGUUGAUUGCAAGUUGUCAUUUGUUAUUUGACUUCCUGGCGUUUAAAAAUGACGUGUCGUUCUGGCGUCGCAAGCGGUCCCUGGCGGGGCUGUCAGCUCGCACGGUAUUCUGGCGAGCGUUCUCGCAGCUCGUCAUAUUCUUCUACCUGCUGGAUGAGAAUACCUCGCUUCUGGUGCUCGUGCCGGCGGGUAUCAGUGCUAUUAUUGAGUUAUGGAAAGUGACAAAAGUCCUGCACCUUCGCAUAUCGUUCUCGGGCUAUAAGAUCCGCGUAUGGCGGGAUACUAGCGCGGACGCGGGCGAGCGGAGCACGGCCAAAGCUGAUGCUGAGGCCAUGAAGUAUCUCUCCAUGUUGUUGUACCCGCUGUGUGUCGCCGGCGCUAUCUACUCGCUGGUUUAUGAGCCACACAAGAGCUGGUACUCCUGGGCUCUACACAGCAUCGUGAACGGCGUCUACGCAUUCGGUUUUCUAUUCAUGUUACCGCAACUGUUCGUGAACUACCGUCUACGGUCCGUAGCAGCCCUGCCUUGGAGAGCGUUCAUGUACAAGGCGUUUAAUACCUUCAUAGAUGACGUUUUCGCGUUUAUCAUAACGAUGCCCAUCGCUCAUCGAGUGGCUUGCUUCAGAGACGAUCUUGUCUUCCUAGUGUAUUUGUAUCAGAGAUGGUUAUACCCAGUAGACAAGUCACGUACUGACACCGCUUCCAGUAUGGACGAGAAUCCAGAAGAAUUAGAACCAAUCAAGCAGAAAGAAGAAUAGUUAAAUAAUUAUUUUCAAAUUUUUAUAGUACCAUGAAGAGGCUGUUUAAGGUGCUAAGUUAGCGCUACGGGACUGUAAAAAAGACAUUUUCGCCGAAUUUUUUAUAUUAUGUUAUUUUAUAUUUUUAUUAACACGCAACAAGUUUACAUAAAUAGCAAUUAUUGAUAUGAAAGUCUUAUGCAUUUUGACAUCACAAAUAAGUUUCUAAUAUAGGUACAUAUUUUCGAAAAACUAUAAAAUUAUUUCGGUGAAAUAGUGACUUGAGCUUUGAAUUAGGUUAAAUUAUGUUAAUAAAAUAAUAAUAUUUAUUUAUUUUAAUUUAUUAAAUUGCUCAUAUUUAUUUAAUUUUACUUAUUAGUUUUAUAUAAUUUUGAUCCUAUUCCGUUCAGGGUUUUACGUAUACUAUUAGUUAAUGACGAUUAUGUGAAGUGUUACGACUUGAGAGAGAAUAAGCUGAUAGUCGCCUAUUUAGAUAAUUAUGUAGGAAAUGUCGUUAUAGCUUUUUUCUGAUGGCAAACCAAGCUUCCACAUGGCAACAAACACUGUUGAAUGUCAAUAUUUCAGAGAUAAGAUAUAAUGUUUGUUUUAAAAUGGCUCGCCAUUGAUGAAAAAAAAAGCAUUUUUACGCAUUGUAGUUUUGAAAAGUCGAUUACGUGAUGACAUUGAAAAUAAUCAGCCAAGCGUAUGAUCUACACGCUAAACAAUAUGCACGUUGAUAGGCAAAUCGAGAUUAUUGUAGUAAAUAAAUAAAAUGAAAACCA